ACUGCUGGCUGGGGUACUUGAAUAUCUCGGGCUGCGGCUGAAGAUUAUCACGCGAAUUUCUCCGUCCGCGCAGCAAAGAUUGUGUGAGCGUCCGGUUUUCGAAAAUCAUCUCGGUCUUCACACUUCAAAGGAGGUUAUCAAGACCGGAAAUGCUUUGGUGCGGGUUCCUAUUUCUUGGAGCGCUGGGUUAUGCCCACGCGGCCACGGUCAACGAGGCAAACAACUUUGUGGACACCGUUCUCAGCCAGAGACUCCCACUCGUCGUCAGGCAGUCGCCGUCCCUUUUCCCUGAAGCCCAUAUCCCUGUCUUCAGUUUUUUGGUUCCAAAUAACGCCUUCACCAACCGCGAUCUCGAUGUCAACAUGACGGAGGGUGUGAUUCAUGGCCUCGACACCGCGUUGCGACGGAUGGGCGACUGCCAGUCGAGGGAUGUCAAGGAUGGCUUUCCAAGCAUCCUGUGCAACUUGGACCUCAACGAAGUCAAUACCACGUUCCUGGCCCUGACGAGAGGCGACAACGUGGUGAGAUCGCUGAAACAUAUCUGGGUUCACGUCGUCACGGUGGAUUCGAUCGCUCGUCUUGAGAUCACGGGGUCUCAAACCCGCGAAGCAUCACUCCGAACAUUCGAUGUCCAGAACCUACAAUUUAUAACCACCUACGACCGGGAACUGCAUCUGAACACCGAUCGUUCCAGGCAGUUCAAGGAACAUGUUGAAUUGAAGGUCAAGGAAGCCUUGCAAGAUAUCCUGCUGAAUGAGAUCAAGGUUCUGCUCAGCAGGUCCGUUGUCUCCAUCGCUUUUCCGUGAGCCAAGGAUCUCGCUCUCAGGCUCGCUAGCGAGAUUUAGAAUAACGUAUGCAAAAAAUAAGAGUAAUCUCCGAGCGCCAAUCCGAAUCACGGCUUGGGCUUCGCGCACGCGCCGUAAAAAUAAUGCUAUUUCCCAGCGUACCCAAUGCUUGUCCCUGUGACAUUCUAAAACCCACUAUUAUUUGUUUGUCUAUGUAAUCGCCUUGAGCACUUCCAAAUCAAUAUUUAUAUUCUUUUUAAACGAGUUUCAUUUACGUUGAGCAACACAUUUCGUUUUUGGGGGUCUGGAUGUUUUAGCUUUAUGGUGAAAAAUAAAUAUGUAUUGGAAGUCAUGACAAUAAAAUAUACCAAAUAAAGGCUUCAAAUUCG